AUGAAUCGAUCUCUGUUGGUACAAAAUUUUAAUUUCUGCAAAAUUUGUGCCCAACCAGCCAGCGGGAAUCAUUUUGGAAUACAAAGUUGUCGUGCGUGCGCGGCGUUUUUCAGAAUCCCCUGCAAACCAUGCCGAUUGAAACGGUGUAAGGAGCAAGGAAUGAGCACUAGUAAUUUCCAAUUCAAUCGAGACAUCCUCAAGAGAAUCUUACCACGAUCCGUGGAAAUUUUCGUUGGCAAACCGGAAUCAGUAAUUUUUUGUGAUCCUCAAUCUCCUCAAAAUUCGAAAACUUUUAUUGAUAUUCAAGGUUUAGUGGAUUAUACCGCAAACAUUUUGAAAAAUGGACCCGAGGGACCCAUUUCGGGGAGGAGCCAACUACAAAAAUUGGCUAAUGGGCUCGAAAAUUUUUCAAGUCGAAUUUCGGUGAGAAUUCUGAAAACAAUGUCAAAAGACGAGACUGCGGAUUGUUGGGAAUAUUACAUUACAACUUUUGCAAAAUGGUUGAAUUAUUUCGAUGAGUUCAAAUUAUUGCCAAUUGAUAUGCAACUAGAAAUCGCUUUGGCUGUAUGGCACGUAUGGGGACGUCUGGAAAAACAUGCAAUUACGGCGUUGGUCCGGAAACAAAGGAUUUUCACAGAUCGAAAUAUGAUUGUGAUUGGACGGAAUGUAUUGGUGAAUUUGGACGCGUUCGAGUAUGAUCAUACAUGGUUGACAAAGUAUGAGCCAGAGCAGGUGGAGUUGUGA